AUGGUUUCCAAAGUAGUCCAGGAGGACUUCUGGCGGUCCACGGGAGACUUAACGGGGGACUACGUUGGCUUAAAAAAGAAGGGUUCUCGAGUUGUAAGUUCCGGUAGUAAAGAACAAAAAUUAUAUCAGAUAGAUUUUAAGAAAGCCAGCGAAAGGUUAACCGUUAGCACCUUGGUCCCUGUCUUCAGCUAUGAUUUCCUGGACGAGCUGGCCCUGCAAAAAAUAACGCAUUCUGAAGAAGAAUCUCUGUUAUUUAGCCUAAAGAAAACGGGCACCAAAUUAGUAGCAGUCGAACAUGCAAAGUUAACCUUUGAAAAUAGGGAGACAGUUAUGCCCCACCCUGUACCUACUGUUGAGUCACUAUUAUAUAGAGUGGACAAUAUGGUUCGACCUUCUUCAGAUAUUUGGCAAUUAUUUCAUAUUGAAAAAACAGAUAAAAAAUCCAAGGCUGUGUGUAAGUUUUGCUGUUUUAAAUACGCCUUUCUAAACGCAACUCGCAUGACGAAUCAUAUAUUAAACAAAUGUUCAAAAUGUCCUUUGGAAAUUAAACAAAAAUAUGGCAAUGAAAUACAAUCGAGUUCGAAGUCUUCGACGUCAGAAGAAAAAGAAAGUAACAAAGAUAUCCUGCUAGAAGCAUUAGAAGAUACCAGUCUCCCUUCAACUAGCAAAAAGGACACGUCAUCCGUGUCAUCAUCUUCCGAAUCUCCAUUACCAUCAGUAAAACGCAAGAAAGCUAGCUGCCAACAAACAUUGAGCGGGUUUUUCGAUAAGAUAGCUGUUUCAGAGUCUUCUAAAAUUGAUGAGGCAUUAGCUAGGGCUCUUUAUGCUUCUGGUGCUCCUUUUUCUCUUUUCAAAAAUAAAUCUUGGGAACAGCUUUUUAAAAUGUUAAGACUGUCAUACCAAAUACCUAGCCCUUACGCUCUGUCAACAAACUUACUUAAUUCCGAGUAUGAACGUGUACAGAUAAACCGAAGUCAAAAGCUGUCUAAAUCCGAUAGUUUAUCAAUAGUAACAGAUAGUUGGACAAAUAUAGUCGGAGAUGGAUUAAUCAAUAUUGUUAUAUGCACGCCUAUACCUUUAUUUUACAAAACUGUUCAUCGUGGCACUGCAGAAGAAACGGGAACAAAUAAGGAAGCUCUGCAAUGUACUGUAUUAGUGGAAAACCUGAAUGUAAAACAAACUAUUAAAAAAGUUGUAUUGGAUGAUGCGUUCUCGCAAAACCUACAAUAUACUAAACAAAUCCUGCAUCCUGUAUCAAAAUCGAUAAAUUUAGUAGAAUCGGAUAGAUAUAUAUUAUCAGAAGUGCCUUUUGUCUUUAAGUAUAUAAAAGACACAAUAUUAGAUAUUUCCCAACAAGUUGACCUGACUAGUUUUCUUAUCGAAAGCUUGCUAAAAUAUGUUGAAGACCGCUACGAAUUUUGUUCUAAGCCGAUUCACUGUGCAGCCAAUCUUCUUGAUGCUCGCUUUAAAGGAGAACAAUUGAAUGAAGACCAACUAAUGGAAGCAAUAGACUUCAUCUCUGAAAUGGCUCGUUCACUAAAUCUAGAUGUAGGGAAGGUGGUGGCAAACCUAGCCCAAUUUAGAACAAAAACUGGAUUUUUUAGUCGAACUUCUGUAUGGGAUAGUGCGAAUAUGUACAUCGCAGCCACUUAUGCCAACUGCCUCCCGAAUUUUAAAUGGAUCGCCAUCUUCCGCCUCUUCAGAAAGAAACUGGUCUUUACACAUACAAGCAAAAGAAAUAUAUUAUCCCAGGAUAAAAUUCAGAAGCUGGUUGCUAUUCAUUCUAAUUUGGUUAUAAACGAAAAACAGACAUUCAUUUACGAUGCUAGACCAGUUCCACUUUUAGAAGACACUGGCAAAGAUUAUGCUGUUUUGUCCGUCCCUGAAGACGAAGCGGAGAUCGAGUCUGAAUCAGAUGCUUGGUCUGAAGAUUCAAACUCAGACUCUGAUGAAAAUACACCUCUGAGCACUUUGAAGAGACCUACACUGGACAGAAUGUUCGUUUCGACGUCACAAAGAAAUGAUGAUGGUUUGCGGGCGUCUUACAAUAUCUCGUUACUUAUAGCAAAAUCCGGAAAACCGCAUAUUAUCGGAGAGAAGUUAAUUUUGCCAGCCGUUGAAGAGGUUUUAAAAACUGUUUUACACAAACCUGCAUCUGAUAUCAUUAAAAGAAUUCCCUUAAGCAACAGUACUGUUGAAAGACGUAUUGAUGAAAUGAGUUCUGAUAUUGAAAGCUUCUUAUGUAAUUGUUUGCAAACGACCCAUUUCUCUAUACAACUGGACGAGUCAACUUUACCUGAUAAUGCAGCAUUAUUAUUGGCAUAUGUUCGUUUUAUUAUGAAUCAAGAAAUCUACGAAGAACUGCUCUUGGCAAGAACUUUGAUAACCGACACUAAAGAUUUUGAAUCUAGGUUUGAGGAUAUUUUGACUAUGGUAAUACCGCCGUGGAUAAUUAAUCCAUAUGGUGACACAGAAGAAACGAAUGUCAUAAUACAAGAGGAACUGACUGAACUAAGUACAAACGAAGAACUUAAGGGGGAGAUCAUCUUCAUCAGAGGAGUUCUGGGAACGGGUUCUGAAGAAGAUGUUAAUGAUGAAGAUGAUGUUGAUGGUGAACGUGCUUUUCGCUUUUUCUUCGCAGAUUGUUUAAGAGAACUUGGUCCUGCUUCAUUGACUAGUCUCUUAGUAACAUUCUCACGUGAACGAUUAAUAGAUUCCUCUAACUCCUCUUUAUUCGGAGUUGAGGUUAACUUCGCCUCAAAGGUCCUUCAAAAGAAAAAUAUUGAUAUAAGUGAAUCUGUGACUGUUUUAGAACAAGUAGAAAAGAACCUUACUGAAUUAAGAUCUUCUUGUGGAAUGUUAAUGAUUGAAGCUACGGAACUGGCUAACAAAUAGAAUAUUCAACCGGAAUUCAGGCAAAAACGUCAACCCAAAGUUAAAAAACACUUUGACGAACUCUUAAGUGAUUACAGAUUUAAUAAUACUCAAAUUUUAUUUAAAAUAAAUGUUUUUAAUGUUGUUAUGGACCGUGUUCUGACACAGAAUUCUGAUAGAUUUAGG